AUGGAUGUUACUCAUACUAUAUCGCUUGAACGAGUGCAGUCCAUAAAUCGUUGGAUUGAUGAUGUUAAUUGGUACGCACAUGGCUUACGGCUUGGAGAUAUUGAAGAAAUAGUUUUCCGUCUGCAAAAUAUCAAAAUGGAUGUUCUGGAAUACAACGGGAAGGAAAAUAACCGUCCAAAUAGUAAAAAACUAGAGGAUUUGAACGACAUAAUCCCCGAUAUAUUUAGCACGAGCAGUUGCGAUGAAAUGGUAGGUGGUGGUGUUAAUCUAUAUCAAUCCGAUCAAGUGGAAAGCCACAACGUUUUUAAGAGUACAAAGGAGAACUCCUCUUUGAAUGCAUCAUCUUCCAUUUGUCAAUUUUGGAGAUUUGAUGACCCUGCUAUUGAAAACCGACUACACCCACAAAGAUUUAACCACCAUAAACUCACAGAGGAUAUCACAAACAUGGAUUAUGAUUUUACAGUAAAGCAAGGUUGUCCAUCGGUUACCUUCGAUAAAGAGUAUGGUAAUUUGACAUUGAUGCAAAACAAGAAUCUGAGAGAAAUUGCAUAUCAUCCUAAAUAUGAACGUAAAACAAAAUUACAAGUUUCACACUCUGAAUAUUUAUGUCGUAUGUGUUCUUCAAAAAGAUGGGUAUCUACUAAGCAUUUUGCAGAGCAUAUGGCUCUCUCUCAUGGGAUUGUUGAUGUAAAAGAAGUAGGAAUCGUUGCUAUGCCUCUUCCUGCUGCUCUUUACAGGCAAACUUUGGGGAGGUUAAAGUUUUUUUACUGUAAAUGCCCCAAAUGUAUACAAUGGAUACGUCUAGGGAAAACUGCAGAAAUAUCAAACCUCAGUGACGAGGUCAUUGAAUUGGAUUAUCUUAAUGACAGGCCAUCUGUAGGAUUCUAUACAAACUACUUCUAUCAUUUCAUGGGGUGCUCCCUUGAAAAUAUUGAGCAUACUCGCUCAUGA